UUCGGGAUUGAGAGAGGUAGAGAGACAGAGAAAGGGGGUUAGAGAGAGACCAACUGCUACCCGAGAGGAGGAGUCUGAGCGGAGGGGUUACGGAGGAGGAGGAGAAAGACAGUUCCCAGGCUCUGCUUCUCCCGGUCGCAGUCUCCUAUUACCUCCGAGUUCGGAGCUACCGGAGGUCCCGUGGAUACCUACUCUUCCGUCUAACCGAUAAACCGACCGACACCCGUAAAAACGUCCCACUCUGUUUACCACGGGAUCAGUAAACAAGCUUUCCGAGACAAUGCUUCUCUGUCUGCUGCCUCUCACGGCUCUUUUGCUGCGCGCGGAGGGCAGGCGCGGGGAAACCGUGGUCGUUAACAACAACAAUGGCCACGCGCUGGACAACGACAAAUGGCUGAGCACCGUGUCUCAGUACGACAAGGACAGAUACUGGAACAAAUUCAGAGAUGAAGUUGAGGAUGACUACUUCAAGAGCUGGGGACCUGCCAAGCCAAUCAACCAAGGUGUUUCCGCUGGUUCUGAUGGUUCUGUUAGGUCCACGGAGGCGGAGGCAAGGCCUGGCAGACAUGGGGAACCGGGAGCCAAAGCUCACUCCAACCCGGGGAAAAGGAGAACGGAAGAGGGUCUGGACGCCACUAAAGAACCGUGUUUGAAGGUGCGCUGCCCUCCCCACAAGGCGUGUGUCAGCCAGGACCACCAGACAGCCAUCUGCAUUAACAUCAACCGCCAGCAGCCGACACACAGUGUGAAACCCAGGAAAGGAAGCUUGGCCCGGAAACACUGGGCAGGAACAGGGGCUCAUGGGAAAUGUAGGCCAUGUCCCGUCAUCCACCCCAGCCCUUUGUGUGGCUCUGACGGCCAUACCUACUCCUCUAAGUGUAAGCUGGAGUUCCAGGCAUGUACGGCAGGGAAGAGCAUUGCUCUAAAGUGUGAGGGGCCGUGUCCCUGUCUGCCUGGUCAAGAGCUGGCCAGCACACACGUCCAUGAGACAGAGAAGACUGCCUGCAGUGAUGCGGACUUGCAUAGCCUAGCAUCCAGACUGAAGGACUGGUUUGGAGUUCUUCAUUUCGACGCCAACCGAGACCUCAAAUCCUCCACUAACUCUGAUUCCGCAGCAGGACGUUUUGACACUAGCAUCCUGCCCAUCUGUAAGGACUCUUUGGGUUGGAUGUUCAAUAAGCUGGACAUGAACUAUGACCUCCUGCUGGACCAUUCAGAGCUUAGUGCUAUCUACCUGGACAAGUAUGAACUGUGUAUGAAGCCGUUGUUUAACUCUUGCGACUCCUUCAAGGACGGGAAACUGUCCAACAACGAGUGGUGCUACUGCUUCCAGAAACCUGAUGGUCUGCCAUGCCAGAAUGAGAUGAACAGGAUUCGGACUCAGAGUCGGAGGAAAACUCUCAUAGGGGCUUAUAUUCCACGCUGUUCUGAGGAGGGAUACUUCAAGCCAACUCAGUGUCAUGGAAGCACUGGGCAGUGUUGGUGUGUUGACAAAUACGGCAAUGAGAUUGCAGGCUCCAGAAAACAGGGCAACCCCACCUGUGAGGAGGACCAAGAAACUUCAGGGGAUUUCGGCAGCGGGGGGGCCGUUAUUCUCCUUGACGACCAAGAGGAGCCACCUCAGAGUGGGAGGAGCCGGCAGAAGCAGAGGCGGGGCCGGAUCCACCCUCGAGGGGCCAUCGAGGAUGACGAGGACGAGGAAGAUGACAAAGAUGAUGAGAUUGGUUACGUCUGGUAGCUCCACUGCUCUCCCAUCAACCAACCAGGGAUCCCCGUUAACUCUGUCCAGACCUGAUGAAGCCAUUCCUCCUUCGCCCAUCCCCUCAGCAUCAACCACCUGGCCAACUGACUUUCCCCUCCACUAUGCCUCCUGUUCAUAACUUCCUUGAAACUUUGUCUCUGUUAAUCCUCUCCCACUCCACCUUCCAGUUAUGGGUGGCCUAGUCCUGCUCUUCCAGAUAAUGGAAACCUAUUCAAUUUAAACAAAGACUGUCUAGUGUCUUUUAAUGUGUCCCUCUGCUUCAAAUAUCCCCAAACCAUUCAUCUUGUACUGACUCUCAUGGAAAUAUCCUUGCUCUCUUUCUUUCUCCUACCCCCCCCCCCCCCCCCCCCCCGCCCCCUCCUCUAUCUGCAUCUGUUCCUGCGUGUCUCAGAGUCUGUGGCCUGUCCGAGGCCAGAGAACAGUUUGUUGCAAAUACGUUUCCAGCAGGGAGGCAACAUUCAACAGUGUGUAUGUUUCCCAGGCCUCUCUGUUAGAGAUUCUCUCCUGUUCUCCUGGCCUCCCCUGUAAUGUUCUACUGUACCAUGUUCCUGGGUUCCUAAAAUAUUUUAUGUGCUUUUGGUUGAAAAUAAUGUUGUUAUUGAAUGUUCCAGGAUAGAAUCUGCAUUGUUGCAUGUUCCCCCGACUAUGUCUCUGCUGAAGCCUGGGUGGCCUGAUAUCAUUUGUAUCUAUCCCAAAGGACUUUAGUUGAUUUAGUCACAAACUGUGUAUUGGCUUCUGAAGUUCACUCUUCCCUAGCAGUUUCAAUGCUGUGCAGUCUUUGGUUGCUGCCUUCUCCUUCAGUGAAACUUUUAGAAGUUCAGAACCAUGGCUUAGAAAUUAAAUAGUAACCUAUUUCCUCAAGUUGAAGUGCUGAACAAAUGUUUUUGUAUAAUUGGAUAAAAAAAAAAUCCCAG